AUGGCGGCCAACGUGUGUGCAAGGUCGCAUCGCGUUUUAAGACAAGUAUCGUGGAAUCAUUUGAUAAGAAGACCUUUUAGUUUCAGUACUUCCUUAACUACAGCUACAUCUACGAGAACGUGUUCCUUAUGGCGUAGCUUUUGCAGUAAGGCGACGAAUGGCGGUUGUAAACCGCUGGGGUCGAUUGAUCAAAGUGAUAAGUUUCAUCUAGUAUUCACGUGCAAAGUGUGUGAAACACGAUCACAGAAGCUUUUUAGUAAACAGGCCUAUUCUAAAGGAGUAGUUAUUGUCAAAUGUCCUGGAUGUAACAACAAUCAUCUUAUAGCCGACAACUUGGGAUGGUUUUAUGACGAUAACAGGUAAAUUUGCUUUACUGCUUUGAGUUAGAUAGAGCCUAAGAUAGAGAACUAAAAGCUUAUGUGACAUAAACACUGCAUUCUUUGGUGAAAAUCCUAAUUCCCCAAAGAUGCAUUUCCUCAAGUCUAAAUUUAAUUUAAUUUAGCAGGGGGUUAAUUUUGAUGACUUUCGAUGUAUUUUUUUUCAAGGAAAACCGUUUUUGAAAGAGUACAGCUGUGGAAACGUUUAAGGGAUCCCAGGCCCCGGGACGGGGAACUUGGAACUUCGGGAAACUUGGGCUACGCUAUGCUGGGCAUGUGCUACUGUUCCUUAAGAUCCCCUACCCCAUUAUAUUAUAUUCUUUGGCCAGUCCUAGAACCUCUCGACUGUGAUCUUGCCAUUUUUUAAUUCCUACUAACUGGAAUUUUCUUAUCCCCCAAAAUGUCCAAUAAGGUUCAACCCCAUUUUAGUAACUCUAUAGAAAAUGAAAACCUGUGGUAAUCAACCCAGUCAUGAAAAUGUGACCCCAUCCUUUGGCACAUUCUUAUUAGCUUAUUAGUAGAAAGUACCACUAAUGCUGCCCCCCAUCCACCUCCCACUGGUUCCACGCUGCCCAUAUACACUGUGUAUUACCUCUGUUUUGUUGGUAUCCAAUCAUUUUGCCAAAAGUACAUCUGUACUAGAUGAGACAAUUCAUCCAAAGUCAGAAUAUGUUAAUCCUCAGAGAUCAUGCACAGUCUCUCCUCGAAAUGGCAUACACUGUACAUGUACAUACCAUGUGAGUUGAUUGUAAAUCAACUUUUUCUUAUUCAGAAACCACCUUCACAUUGUCUCAGUGUUUUGUACACAUAGAAAGUCGGUUUAAGUUUAAUUUCAGUCAUUAACUUCCUUAUAAAAGUAAUAAUGAAAAUCCACAAAUGAGUGAGUUGAUACAAUGCCUACCCACAUAUGCAAGAUACAUAUGCAAGAUACAUAUGCAAGAUACAUAUGCAAGAUACAUAUGCAAUCACACCUGAAGUCAAGCUUGAAUGGUCCAUGUGAUUAAAUUAUUACUUUAAGCCUGUUGAAUGAUAUUUUACAGAAAUAUUGAAGAUAUCUUGGCUGAAAAGGGCGAAUCAGUCAAAAGGUUGACAGAGAAUGAUUCCUUGGAGUUUCUUGUAAAAGACUUGGCAAACAGAAUUGAAAAGGGAGAACCAAGUGAAGAUGAGGAUUAA